AUGACUACACAAUCAAGUACUCGUUCUCAAUGUCGAACUAAAUUUAUACACUUCAUCGAGAAUCUGAAUUUGUACGAUGACGAUGAUGAAUUAACUCUAACUGAGCAACUCUUUUCUACACGUUUUUUCAUUAUCUUACUUUCGAUCGCUCUCUUAAUCAUACUAUUAUUUACUAUUAUUAUUCCUCAAACACGUUCUGUCACUGUUGUUUCACCAAGUUUCAAUGAUUUCGAAAAUAUCGUCAAUAUUUACAAAACUAAAGUUAUAUGUCGCUGUUCUCAAACAUCAAUUCCUUAUUCACAAUUUGUAUCAUUAAAUCCUCGAUUUCAUGAACUUUGUUCAAGUGAUUUCAUCAGUGAAGAAUGGUUUUCCUCUUUAUUUAAUGUCAAUACAAGAAAUUACUAUCCUCUUGACUUUCGUUUGAUGGCUUCUGCACAAUUUCAAAUUUUAUCUAUUCUCUGCCGAAUGUCACGUCAAGCUGUGAUCGAUGCUCUAAAACAAUUUACCACAACAACAAUAUCAUCAUUAACUGCAUUAUCACGUGAUGUACUCAGCACUUAUUUAGACAUGUCUAUUGAAUAA